AUGUUCACAGAAGUCGCACCGAAAAAGAUCGACACGACCAAGGAGAAAGUGGAGCAGGCGGACCAGAAGCUCCAAGCUUUGUCUGCUGAAUCCCGCAAAGCACAAUUCCAAGCCGAUUCUCUUGCACUGGCCAGGGAUUUGGCACAAGUGGGGAAUGUUUAUCGUGAUGUGGUCAAGUCUGAGAAUUCGAUUCGUCAGGAACGCAUCAUGCACCUUCGGGGUCAAAAUUGUAUCGGUGCAGCCUUGGUGGCUGAUUACAUGUCCUUGAACAUGGCUGUCCAUGCUGGGUCCCUCAAGGAACAGAUCUCCCUCGCUGACCGGUUCUUGACUCGAUUUCCUCAAUACCCUUGUGUGGUUUGGUGCGACUUGAUGAAGUGCGGCCGCUUGACGCAGCAAGAAGUCAACGACUACUGUGACCUGAUGCAUUCAAUCUUCAAAAAGAGUCCUAUGUCAGUGGCAGUGCUGGUCGCACCUUACUUGGUCUCCGAGAAAGUGGCUGGCUACAGGGGAGAAUUGAGGAGAUGGGAGGACAAAAUGGACGCCCGAGGAUUCAAGCAGCACAGCAUCGCCAUUCGCUGCCAGCCACCGAAUGGAAGACGCAAAGUUCCCCUCCAUUUUGAUGGGUGGGUUGUGAUGAUGGAUCUUACAGCUGGAGACAAUGUGUGGUCCCCAUCCCAAUUGAUCCAAGACAGGUCGAACAGAAAUGAAAUUCCUUGGACGCCGGAAGGUCAAUACGUUGUACCGGUGGCCCAGAAAGACAACUUGCCCCAUGCCUCCGAGGGAAUGAGGUCUUUGUCGGAUGUCCAGGAAUGUGCACAAUUCCUGGCGGGUGAGGCUCUCCCGUGUGGCCUACUUUCGGCAUUGUUGGGGCGGACGGAGGUUCCCAAACAGACAGACACCUGUGUCCUGAUCAAUUUGACAGCCUAUGACAGUUGGGUGGAACGCGCAUGCAAAAGAUUCUCUGAUCAAACCACCAUUCCCAUCAAGUUCAAGACCCUGUCCAUGUCCAAGACCAUCUCUACCGCUGAGUAUGUGGAAAAGACAUUGGCCUGUGAGUUGUUGGAGGAGUGGAAGCGAGGCAAUCACAAGCACCUUGGGCAGGUGCGUGCAUACGAGCCCAAGCCACCGGCAUCGUCAGCCACGGAUGUGGACCCAAACCAAUAUCCUUUGAAGCUGAUCAAGCUUGAUUAUGAUCCAAAUCCUUCAUUGAAAGGGUGGAACAAGUUUCGGAUCAGCAUUCUCCCAGCAGUGCGGGCUCGAUACAUCGAUGACCAAGUAUUUGGGGAGGAUUGGUCAAACAUCUUGAAGGAUUUUGAUCAAAAGUACAGUCCAAAGUCCAAUGCUGAUGCCACGGCUGCCCUUGCCCUGGUUAAAAAGGAGGAGGAAGAUGCAACCAAGGUCAUUGAACCUUGGACCAAUGAACCUGAAACUCUUGAAGAAUUGAUGGACAAGUACAUCGUUGAGGCCAAAUUCCCGGGGAGGAAUCAUGGGAGUACCAUGUUCCUGGUCCAGAGCAAAGCCCGUGAUGGAAGCUCCCAUCAAAUCAUUCAGGGUCAGAAGUACAAACUUUUUGUGGCAACAAGGCUGGUAUAUCAUUCCUUUGGAUGCUCGCCCCAUAAAAUGUUUUCAUAUCAGUGUUGA